GCUCUUUGGACCCUUAAGGAUUGACGCAUCGCUCUUCUGCAGUUGCUUCGACAUUCUCCAGUAGCCUCGAACUAUCACCCCAAUACUGUCACCACUGCAUUCCCGAGUGUAUUGGCGGCCUUCCUUCAUUCUGGGAAAAGAUGGGGUCCAACACAGUCACAUUGAAUUCCAUUCCACACCUUGUCGAGGAGCUCACUCUUCUUGCGUCCAAGAUCACCAACAAAUCUCUAGCCGGAUCCGUCAGCCGAGAGGAUCGUAAUAGAUUCGUGGCACUGACUGAGAAACUUGGUAUCGCUGCUCGUGACCCAGAAGAGAAUGUGUAUUAUGCUGCCUGCCGAACUGCACAGAAUUCCGCAAUUCGAUGCGCAAUCGGUCUCGGCAUUUUCACCAUUAUUGGUGAAAAUGGUGCCACCACGGAAGAGAUCUCUUCUGCUUGUGGGGCAGACAAUCUCCUCAUCGAGCGAUUGAUGCGGGCGCUGGUCUCGUGCAACACUUUUGAACAGAUCAUGGGGUCCUCGAGCGAUGGUGAUAACGAUGCUGACGACAAGACAAUGGUCCAAACUUGUCGUUUUGCUCAUAACGACCUAUCCCGCUGCUUCCUCAAGGAAUCCAACCGGGACAUGUUUCAACAAAUGUACGAAUUCGUCGGAAGAGGCGUUUACUCCAUGGCCGACUACCUCGAAAAGACGGGUUGGAAGAGCCCCGAGGGUUACCAAGACUCGGCUAUCAGCUUCGCGCUUGGACUGACAAAGGAGACCGGGGGAUUCUGGGAGUACCUGGCGGCUUCACCAGAUCGACAGCGUCUUUUCAAUAGUGGGAUGCAGAGCCGACCGUCUGUGAAUCUCGUUGCGGGUCUGUAUCCGUUCGACACCGAGCUGAACCAGCCUCCUCUCCAGGAAGACGAGGUAGCUGUCGUCGACGUCGGUGGUGGACGCGGGCACGCAUUGCUGGAAAUCGCGGAGACCUUUCCCGGCUUAGGUGGCAGACUAGUCCUUCAAGACCAAGAGUCUGUCAUCAAGGAGGCGGGGGUGAAUGAUCUCCUGAACAAGAAGAUCGAAGCCCAGGCCGCCUCCUUCUUCGAGCCGAACCCAGUCAUCGGGGCGCGUGCGUACUAUUUCCGCCGCAUCUUCCACGAUUGGUCUGACCCUAUCGCCAUUCAAAUCCUUCACAACACGGUCAUGGCUAUGGGUCUGCGGAGCCGUAUCCUGAUUGCAGACAUCGAGGUGCCGACGAGCGGCGUCCCUUGGUCUAUGGCGCUGCAGGACUGGAACAUGAUGGCGCUUGGGGGUAUCGAGAGGACACAGUCCCAGUGGAAAGCUCUCCUGCGUAAGUCAGGACUAGUGCUUGUUAAGGUGUGGCGGCUCAAAGGGAGCAACCACGUCAUCAUCGAGGGGCGACGACCGUUGGAGUAGUCAUAGGUAGGGUAAAACAGAACGCGAAUUGUGAAGUGAAUAUGUGGUUAUGGAUUUGGUAUGUGAUUGUUAUUGUCUCUGAAUGCAUAUAAGUUGUCAAAGGCCUGUUCUUUACUCUUAGCCAAAAUACUGGGUCUACCAUCUUUAA